CACCAAAACUGCACAAACCAUCACAAUGACUGAUAAGGAGCCUACACCCGCCGAGACCGCUGCCGCUACGGCCAAGGAGGCCGAGGAGCAGGCUGCUCUUCCCUACAAGUGGACUCAGACCAUCUCUGAGCUCAACGCCACCUUUGACGUGCCCGGAAACCUCAAGUCGAGGGAUCUCGUCAUUACUAUCAAGAAGAUGAGCCUACAGGCGGGUAUCAAGGGUCAGGAUCCAAUCAUCCAGGGCGAUCUUCCUCACGCUGUCCACGUUGACGACUCCACCUGGACUCUCAGCACCAACUCUGAUGGCACCAAGACCGUCGAGAUCCACCUCGACAAGGUCAACAAGAUGGAAUGGUGGCCCCACGUUGUCACUUCUGCUCCCAAGAUCGACGUGACCAAGAUCCAGCCCGACAACUCUAAGCUGUCCGAUCUCGACGGCGAGACCCGCGGCAUGGUUGAGAAGAUGAUGUUCGACCAGCAGCAGAAGGAGAAGGGCCUGCCCAGCUCAGACGAGCAGAAGAAGGCGGACAUUCUCAAGAAGUUCCAGGAGCAGCAUCCCGAGAUGGACUUUAGCAAGGCCAAGAUUCAGUGAGCGGAACUAUAACACAAAAAGAAGUAUUGUACGCCUGGAGUUAUAUAAAAAAGACGUUUCGUUUCGUUGCUGUCGUGGUAUUUUAUCAUCUGCCUUUUGUUUCUAGCGCAACCGCUGCGCGUUCAAGAAAAGCAUUGAAGUUUUUUACUUGUUGAAGCAUUCCGCCUGCGGGGCUCGAUGAGCUGGCUUCAUCGGUUAUGCGUGCCACAAGAAGUUCAAGGUUAGCCAGAUCGGCCUUUUUCUCUUGGGCGCGCGAAAGUUCAGGGGCGUCUCGUCCCCUUUCAACCGCCAUGUCUAUAUCGUGCAUUAUAGUUGAGGUAUCGAGCCGAUACUGUAUAUGUUAGAGAGGCUCGAUAAAACGGUUUCAAUAGAAACUU